UUCUAGACUCAAGGUAUGGUGAUACACUUUACUGAAGGACCACAUAUCCGAAGACCAACAGGCUUCACUCUGAAUCAGAGCUGGUUCCUGGUUUGUAGGAAAGAGAGGGGCAGAUUCAUCAUCUAUAAUGAAAUCACUUAUAAGGGUUAUUUUUAUUUUCAUCAUUCUGGUGGGUUUUGGUCUAUUCUAUAAGGUCCAUUUGACCUUGUUUUCGAAUCAUCAAAAUGAGCCCGCUAUUCAGCCAUUUUUUAUUCCAAAUAUAAAAGCACCAAACAAUGAAGCACCAAACAAUGAAGCAACACGUGAGAUAAGACCAGAAGAGAUUCUUCACCAAGGAAAUGGGAUAUUUUUUAUAGAGACCACAGACAGGAUGGAGCCCCCACACGUAGUUAUGUGUGCAGUAGAGUCUGCAGCCCGGAUCUACCCCACCAGACCCAUUGCUUUCUUUAUGAAGGGAUUACCCAAAAUAAAUACCGUAGAAGAUGAAAACAAGGCAAAAAUUAAAUUCCCAUCCUUUUCAUCUUAUGAUAAUAUCUACCUUUUCCCUUUGAAACUGGAGGAAAUAUUUUCUAAUACUCCACUUCUACCCUGGUACAAAAAGGUAAAUACUAAUAAUGAAAAUGACUGGACUAAAGUAAGCUCAGAUGCCAGCAGGUUGGCAUUGAUUUGGAAAUAUGGCGGCAUUUAUAUGGACACUGACAUUAUUUCAGUAAGACCUAUCCCACUUAAAAACUUUGUGGCUGCAGAGAGUAAUGACAUUUACAGCAAUUCUGUUUUUGGAAGUCUUCCACAUCAUUCGUUUACCUCAAAGGGCAUGGAAGACUUUGUUCAGAAUUAUAAUGGAGCUAUUUUGGGACAUCAAGGACCGGACCUCUUUGCUCGAAUUCUUAAAAAGUUUUUUUGUGCUUUACCUGGAUUUAAGUAUACGGAAGAUGUUAGGUGCGGGAACAUAACCUUAACAAAUCCUGAUCGUUUCUAUCCAAUAGCAGGUCCAUCUUGGAAGAAGUUUUAUGAAGUACUGGACGAGUAUCGACCAUUUCCAAGCUCCUAUGCUUUGCAUCUCUUUGAUCAUGCCAAUCAAGGGCAAUAUAAUUUAGUUCCUGGAAGUAAAACGAUGGUGGAUCAUCUUUACCGACAGUACUGUCCCUAUACCUAUGUUACUGUUUUACUGAAAAACCGUAGCUCUCAUUAGCUGUUGCUGUGAUUAGGCCAAUUGUAGAACUUGUAAAGUUAUUUGUAUCCUGUAUAUAGAAGAAAAAUACAUGAUUGUGUAAAAAUGGUGUUGCUGUUUAUAACUGCUACACAGUAACAGUAAAGUCUAGUGAUGAGCAAAUCGGUUUUGAUAAAAAUUUUCAAAAGGAAUUGCAGUCAAUGGGCAUUUUAAGUAGCGACUUUUUUUAGUGCAAAAUACAUUGAAGUGAAUGGUCAUUUUUUUCUCUGUGACUUUUUACAUGCACAAUACAUUGGAGGCAUAUUUUUUCACCCAGUAUACAUUGAGGGUGUUAUGUUGCCCCCUUUUGGUGUGACAAAAUAUUGCUGCAGUUUUAAAUAUUCAUCAAGCUUUCAUCGCAAAUUCAUAUCCAAGAAAUGUAGUUCAUCACUAAUCCUUAAAGGGCAUGUAAAGGCAAAAAAAUAAAUGAGGCAUAGUGUGGCCAUCUGUAAAAAGGUAAAAUAAUUAUAUAUAU